CCUGCUACAAUCUUUGAACCAGUUUCUCCUAUAAAAGAGGCUCCAGGGACAACAUUCAUUCCUGUGACAGACCUCGAGCCUGUUACUUUUAGAACCGAGACCCCUGCAACAACCUUAGCUACCAAAACAUCAAAAAGAACCCGCCCUCCACGUCCCAGAAUUAAAACUACGCCGAGCCCUCAGGCACCCGAGACCAAACCCGCUUCCAAAACAUCACAACGGACACGUCGUCCACGUCUCAGAACAAAAACCACACCACGUCCUGAAGCACCUGAAUCCAAACCAGUUCCUACUGCAGAGCUCAAACCUGUGACACUCAGAACUGAGACCUGGGUGACAACACAAGCUCCUAAAACAUCACAACGAACUCGUCGUCCACGUCCCAAACCUAAAACCACACCGAGUCCGGAGGUUCCUCUAACCAAACCGGUUCCUGCUACAGAUCUCGAACCUGUUACUCUCAGAACUGAAGCUCCAAAAACCAUGGUUGUUACUGCAGUCCUUGAACCUGACGCUUUUAGAACCAAGGUUCCAGAAACAACGUUAGCUCCUAAAGCACAACGGACACGUCGUCCACGUCCCAGACCUAAAACUACACCUGAAGUGCCUCAGACCAAAUCGGUUUCUGUUACAGGCUUUGAACCAGUUGUUCUUAGUUCCGAUGCCCCAGGAACAACAUUUGCUCCCACUGAACUGCAAACUCUUAUUUUGAAACCAGUGACAUCGCCAAGCCUAGAAAUGACACAAAGUCAACCGGUUUCUGAUGUUCUGGAAUCGGUUACAUUUAGCACUGAGUCACCAAAGGAGACUAUAGCACCAGCCAAAACAGACUAUGUAUAUCCCACUGCCAAAGCACCACUCUGGCCAGAGGAGUCAAAGACUGAAGUUGUGGAAUCUAUUACAUAUGUGUCUGAACCACCUGAGACCACACUAGCACCACACAGAUUUUAUACUACUCCUGUGAGGCCCAGAAUAUCUGACAAGCCACACAUCAGACCUGUUUUGAAUACGACAACUGCAAGACCUACUAGACCUAAACCCAGUGGGAUGCCCAGUGGGAAUGGAGUGGAAACAGAGAUGAAGCCAGCACCCAAGCCCCCAGGUGCUGUUAGAAAUGUAUCGGUGGACUCGACCCACCCCACGAAGAAGCCAGGGACUCGCCGCCCACCCUUGCCACCCAGACCUACUCCCCCACGAAGAAAACCUUUACCGCCAAAUAAUGUCACUGGAAAGCCGGGAAGUUCAGGAAUCACUUCAUCAGGCCCAAUAACUAUAUCACCCCUGAGGUCGACAGUCAGACCUACGGGAACUCCCUGGGACAGAAUAGCCACAGAUACAAAGCAACCAACAGUUCCUGCCUCUGAAGAAGAACUGGAAAAUAUAACUGACUUUAGCUCAAGCCCGACAAGAGAAACCGAUCCUCUUGGGAAGCCCAGAUUCAAAGGUCCUCAUGUGCGAUACAUCCAAAAGCCUGACAGCAGUCCGUGCUCCAUUACUGACUCCGUCAAACGGUUCCCCAAAGAGGAGGCCACAGAGGGGAAUGCCACCAGCCCACCACAGAACCCACCCACCAACCUCACUGUGGUCACCGUGGAAGGGUGCCCCUCAUUUGUCAUCUUGGACUGGGAAAAGCCACUAAAUGACACUGUCACUGAAUACGAAGUUAUAUCCAAAGAAAAUGGGUCGUUCAGUGGGAAGAACAAGUCCAUUCAAAUUACAAAUCAGACCUUUUCCACAGUAGAAAACCUGAAACCAAACACGAGUUAUGAAUUCCAGGUGAAACCCAAAAACCCACUUGGCGAAGGCCCAGUCAGCAACACAGUGGCAUUCAGUACUGAAUCAGCGGACCCAAGAGUGAGCGAGCCAGUUUCUGCAGGAAGAGAUGCCAUAUGGACUGAAAGACCCUUUAAUUCAGACUCUUACUCAGAGUGUAAGGGCAAACAAUAUGUCAAAAGGACAUGGUAUAAGAAAUUUGUAGGAGUGCAGCUGUGCAACUCGCUCAGAUACAAGAUUUACUUGAGUGACUCCCUCACAGGAAAAUUUUAUAACAUAGGUGAUCAGAGGGGCCAUGGAGAAGAUCACUGCCAGUUUGUGGAUUCAUUUUUAGAUGGACGCACUGGGCAGCAACUCACCUCUGACCAGUUACCAAUCAAAGAAGGCUAUUUCAGAGCAGUUCGCCAGGAACCUGUCCAAUUUGGAGAAAUAGGUGGUCAUACUCAAAUCAAUUAUGUUCAGUGGUAUGAAUGCGGGACUACAAUUCCUGGAAAAUGGUAGAUGCUGCACCAAGUUACCUUCUGUUUCAUCACGGCAAACAAAAUCAUUGAAAACACUAUGUCACAUUCAUUUAAAGCUAUUUUGUUUACUAUGUAUAAAAUUCUACAAUCUAAUAGCAAUACUAGAUGUUUAUUAUUAGAAAAGAUUGCUAAGAGUAUUUAUCAGGUUUUACAAAGUCAUUUUAAGAAAGCAAGAUAUUGAUGUUAACAGAAUAAUGUUUUUGGGGAAGCUGGCUCCCUAUACAUGGUAUUUUAAGAGAUCGUUUGUAUAUUAUUUAUCACACUGUUGUAAUGAUGUUUUGAGAUACUUUUAUAACAAAAUUAACAUCAAAAAAGUUACAUACUUUAAAAAAAAAUAUUUACUUUUAUUGAUGUGUAUGCUUCCUAUUGAUGAAUUAAUUCCAUAAAUCUCUACUUAGUUUAACUUAUUGGAUCAAAUUAUCUUCAGCAUAUCUAUCUGGGGAAAAAAGGUCCGAAUAUUCACAUUUAUAUUUAAACUUCAAUUUUUAAAGCAAUAGCUGAAUAGCUUUUCAGAGGAGUUUAAAUAAAUAUAUUAGCAUGAAUGUGUAACUAUAUUUCCUUUAAACAUCCGCAAAUCAUUGAAAAGACUGAAUCAGUAAAUUUCAUUACAGCUAAAAAUGGAGUCUAAUAUAUUGUUUCAAAAGAUAGAUACACUUUUACCCAUCAUAAAAGUUACGGUAUCCGAGUAUACUUUGUCAAGCUAUCCCUUUACCCACUUGUCUUCAUAUUGUUUUUAUGACUCUAAUGAAGGUGUAUGUAGAGACUGAAUGUGAAGUCUGAGCACGAAAAGGUAAUGCAUGAUGCGAUCUCCAACCACUUUACAGGAUAUUUACUAUGCAUUUAUAUGUAAGACCUCUAUAAAUGAAUGUAUCGGAGAAUGCUUUUGUAACUUGAAUUCAAUCCGUAAUGAAAAUAUGACUCAUUUCUAUUAAAAAGGUAUUUUCCUUCAGGCAGGGAAUGAGAAUCCUUGCUGCACUGUUGCCGUCAUUCUGAAAGGACCUUUCCCUGUGCUUACCUUGCAACAUGCUUCAAUCUUCUCAAUGCUACAUUUUGUAUUUUUCAAACAAGUAUAAAUUCUGCAAUAAAGAGAUGUAGUUUUUUUUAAGAUGAGUUUUUAUUUUUAUUUCUGAAUGGUUCAUCAGUAUAGUAACUAUACCUUUUAUCUCAGAAGGAAAAUCACAAAGUUAUCCAGGCUCUACCAAACCCCACUUAUAUCAUCUGUUGUUUGUUUAUCUCCUAAAUUAACCUUUCAUCAUACCAAGUAAUAAAGUUUAUUUUAAACCAA